CUCAGUCUCAUACCAACCAGUAAGCCAUUGCUAAACACCUGCUGAUAGGAGUUCUUCUAGAUGAAAAAGUGAUUCCAAACCAUAAUAAAAUAUCUGUGUCAGGAUAGAUGGUAUAAUACCAUCAACUCGAAUUGAAAUCUUUCUGAAGACCAGAUUCCACAAAGUGAAAUGGAUAGGUUGAAUAAGUCUACAAUAAGGAACGUUCGGAAGUCAGUAAUCAUCCUAGCCUUCUUCAAUCUAUCAUUCCUCGUCCUACAUAUGGCGAAGGAAGCUCAAACUCAGAGAGAUUUGCAUAUGUUCUUGGGAAAUGUACUUUUUACCUUAUGAUCAGUACUAUCAUUAUUUUUCAUCAAAAAAUUCCCGGUUUACAUCCAGACUUGCUUAUUCUUAUGCAAUUCCUUCGGGAUUUUGGCAUUGCACUUCUUUUUCCAGACAGACCACAAGGGGCAUUUCAACUGAUAUAUCCCAUGCGCAUACUGCUAUCAUUAUUUCACAUCCUCCCUAGCUCCUUCAAAGAGACAUCUAAGCUCACUGGUGUUCACAAUUUCUGUACUAAUCCACCUGUACUGCACAUUUUUGAAAAUAGGCAAGCUGGAUAACGACAUUUUGGUAUCUUCGUUCAUUUCAAUAUUCUACUUCGACUUUGGACUGGGCGUUCAGCAAUCAAAAUUGGCUGACAUGUAUGCAAUGAUCCUAGAGAACAAGAAAUUGGCAGGUGAGAAGCAAAAGGUGGUACAAGAGUUCCCUCACCCUGUGCUGAUAAUCCCUGAAAAAUUAACUCGGCUCUCCCAGUGAUACUCAAAUGACCAGUUUGAGUCUCAAAUCAAGUCUUUAAACCACAAGAUUGAAGAGCUUGACCAGGUUAAGGUUGUUAUUAAAAAGAAAGAAGAAGAGCAAAAGAUUCAAAAGGCUAACAAAAAUGACAAAAUUCAGCUAAGCCUAUACAAGUACCUGAAACAGUCGCAGAAUAAGCCUAAAGAGUUUAGAGCAGAGAUCAAGGACGACAUCAUAAUUGAGUGCGAAAAUAGCUCUGAAAACUUGAUGGAGAAUGAGCUAGAAUCCCUAAAUGAUGAGCAACAGAAGCCGAGUAAACCACAUAGAAAUUUUAGUAUAAAAUCUCUUAAGCUAGAAUGGAAGGGGUACAUGUCCUUCAUGCAUGUCUUCAUUGAUCACACCAAUAUUAUUAACCUUGAGCAAGCAAAGAACCGCAUCAAGAUGCAGAGAAUAAUGUUCGCAAGUGCGAGUCAUGAGUUUCGGACACCUCUCAAUGCGAUAAUCCACUCUUACAAUUUCAUUAAAGCUAGCUUUGAAGAUUUCAUCGAGGUUCUGAAGCGUAAAGUGCCUGGAAAAUUCUUUAAAAGUAGAAGAAUAGAAGAAGAUAUUGAACAUAUCUUGAAGUUUACCAAAACAGGAGCUACUUCAUCAGUCUUGCUAAUGUCUUUGGUUGAAGAUAUCCUGAACCUAUCCAAGAUCGACAAUGGCACAUUGACUACAGUCUUUGGAUAUUUCAAUAUCUCUGAGUUGCUAAACGAAGUUCACUCUCUGUUCGUUGUCCAAUGUGAGAACAAGAACAUAGCUCUCACCUUUGAGUGUGAAGGAAACCUGAGAUUCUGUGAAGUAAAGACUGACCGUAACAGGCUGAGACAGGUCUUGCUCAACCUCGUCUCUAAUUCUGUUAAAUUUACCUACAAUGGGUAUGUCUCGGUGAAAGCAGCCGUGACCAAGACAUUUGAUGGCAAUACAUUUGUAGAGUUUAGUGUUAAAGACACUGGGAUUGGCAUUAAAGAAGAAGACCAAGUCAGGCUCUUCAAACUCUUUGGCAUGAUCGAAGACACUAACAACCUCAACCCUGAUGGAUGUGGACUUGGCCUCACUGUCUCAAAGAAGUACAUUGAAAUCCUUGGAGGGGAUAUAAAAGUAAAAUCUGAAUACGGAGUUGGAACUGAGAUGAUCUUUACUAUUUUGCCCAAAGACAUCAAGAAUUUCUAUGAAGGAGUGAGGAGGCCUUUGCAUAAUUUCGCCCAUUUAUCUCCAAACCCCUUUGAUAGUUGGGAUGUCAAUCUCUCUCCGUAAAUAAUGAGCACAACACCAGCAGAUCGAUGAUUAAUCA